CAGGGUUGCUUACAGCGGAACACUCGCAACACACACACACACACUCACUCUCACGCUUCUAUCGAAUUCAGAGCUCCAGGGGGCUAAAGGAGUCUGCGGAAGUAGAAGCCAGCACCAGAUUCCUAGUCCCUACAAGCCCCUGACAGUUGGACAGGUGACCUCCAGAUUACAGACGGAGUCUCCAGAGAUAGAGGCUUUAGUGGACGAAAUUCGCAAAAUAACCAUCUCAGAUCCUGAGGAGGGAGAAGAAACUGGACGCAGCUCACCUCUUCAGACCCACACUUCAUCGCCCCGCCCCCUUUCUUUCCAGGUUACCAUGUCUGCAGGCAACGUCACCCCUUGGGGGUCAUCAGCGGCGGGGGAGGAGGUCUGGGUAGGAUCAGGAGUAGAGGUGGAGGGCGCAGAGCUGCCCACCUUCUCAGUUGCCGCCAAGGUGCGAGUGGGAGUGACUGUCGUGCUGUUUGUUUCUUCGGCUGGAGGGAACCUGGCCGUGGUGUGGUCAGGGACACGGCCGCAACCCAGCCAGCUCCGUCCCUCUCCGGUACGACGACUGUUCGCCCAUUUAGCAGUUGCCGACUUACUGGUCACUUUUAUGGUUAUGCCCCUAGUUGCGACCUGGAAUAUCACUGUUCAAUGGCUGGCCGGGGACUUUGCAUGUCGUACACUCACGUUCCUGAAACUAGUAGCCAUGUAGGCCGCAGCUUUCCUGCCUGUAAUUAUUGGGCUCGACCACCAAGCAGCCGUACUCCACCCGUUUGGACUGCGCUCAGCUGGUAGGAAACUUCUUGGGGUAGCCUGGGGACUCAGCUUCCUGCUCACCUUGCCCCAGGUGAGUGACUUGGGACUCAGGGUUAGACUGGACAAGAAUUUGAGUACAUAACAUGAGCCUUCGGAUUCAAGGGGUGUGCCUGGCCAUAGUCAACAUUAAUCCUCAGGGUGGGAGCCUCUGCUCUUUUGCAAGUUAAGAUCAUUGCAUGUUAA